AUGGGUUUCUUUGUCUCCAAACUGCCUUACUCCUAUCAAGGCUGCGGUGCGGUCACCGACGCGGCCAAUGUUUUAGAGCUUCAGUAUGACGAUCCGACGACCAAUGGCCCUACAAAAUGCCAAGAUACAUGCAUCGCUAGCUCGCGUGCUGCUUCACUACUACUCGAUGGGAAGUGCUACUGCUCCAAGGACGGUAUAACCAGCAUCGAGUUUGCCGCCGAUCCUCCACCAGACGAACAGCUUUGCACCAUCUCAUGUAGCGAACCCCUCAACUUCCCCCACAUCAACCUCUUCAACUAUCUCCUCCACUUCGUCAUCAUCCCCGGAUUCUCCUUCCACGACAUCAUCUGUAACCUCUUCUUCCACGUCUUCAUUCUCAGAUACAACUUCAUCGGCGUUCCCUUCAACCCUCUCUUCUACAACAUCGUUACCCUUAGAUUCUUCUUCGUUGACGUCAACUUCCACUCUAUCUUCUACCUCAUCGUUGUUCUCGAAUUCUCCUUCUUCGACAUUAUCAACCUUCUCCUCUACGUCAUCGUCCUUCUCAGACUCUCCUUCCUCGACAUUGUCUUCAAACUUCUCCACACCAUCAUCCUCUACAAUUUCUAG